AUGAGAAAGUGUUUCAGAUUCUGUGGGACAGGUGCUCAGGUAUCCAUGACCUCAACGAGCUUUAUUAGAGAGCACUUCCCAAAUGUGUUGAUUCGUGAUGUCGGUGAUCUGCUGGACGGCGAUCUUAACCUAACCGCAGCCAAUGGUAGCGACAUACCACACAGAGGAUGGGUGGAGUUGGACCUGCAAAUUGGAGAUUCAGAACACGUUCUGGGAGUUCCGUUUGUGGGUUUCAACGUUAUAGAACAUUUAAUCAAAUUUAAUAAACUGAACGAUGAUGAAAUAGCUGCAGCUUUCGUUAGAAUAAAUGCUUGUGACGCGAUAGCCCUUGUGAAUUUAGUUAACAGUGUAUACCCUGAUGAACUAUGCGUUGUAAAGACUUGCAACAAAGAUGUUGUCGUACCUCGUGGCCAAUCCGUAAAAGUGAGUUGCAGAGUGAACACGGGUCCUCUAGAUAAACGUACACCUGUUUUGUUUGAAUCGGACGAGAACCCCACCUGGCCAAGCGGUCUCCAUUUUCCAACACUCUGUUGA